AUGGUCACACAGUCUGGCUUACUAGGCCUUCCCGCAGAGUUGCAAAUGCAGAUUACUGCGCAUCUUGUUGGCGAUGCUAAGAACGUUCAUCAUGUUCCUCGUCUUCUGAACCUGGCUCUUACCUGUCGUCACCUCGCACGUGUUGCACAUGAGGCACUUUGUCUGGCCCCAGUCUUGCAAUCGAGCAAGGUCCACCUACUGCUGCGAUAUCUCUUCAAGUAUCCUGAGUUGGCAAAGAAGAUCAAGAACCUUACCAUCGAGACCAAGGAGACACGGAAAGACAAGGCCUACCCGGUGCACAUCGCUCAUCUUGAGCCAGACAUGCUGGGUCACUGCAAGCGACACGUCCGAACCUUGCCCGUCCAGAAGUAUAUCCAGGACAACAUGAUCGCUUCGCUGAAAAGCGAGCGCUUUGAAGACCAUGGGAUCUUACUGGGUCUCCUGCUCACCAUGCUCCCGCAGCUCGAGCAACUCUACCUCGGCAGCUCGAUACUCCUCAACUUCCCUCUCUUUCGGAAUAUGAUUCCCAACGAGACAGACACCGAUUGGACCAAACCAGAUUGGGCAGACGGUCCGGACCUGACCUGGGUCAUGAGCUUGAUCGGACCUAAGCUCACUUCGCUGGAGCUCCCCAUAGACUUGCGCCGCACCCCUGAAGCCAACAUCUGGAUGCCAUUGAGCAUCUCUCAGUUGCCGAAGUACUUCCCCAACCUCCGCUGGCUGAGCAUACCGCACAUGGCCGCCACAGAGAUCACGAAAACAUCAUGCUCGGACAUCAUUCCACCUCACCUCGAAACUCUAGUCUUGACAGAUGCGCGAUGCAACUGUUUCAAAUCGUUCUCAGAGGGGCUUGUAGACCACGGUGAUCAGAUUGCGCUGUUCCCUCGACUUUCGAAGAUUGCCUUGUACCACCGCUACCCUGUCACGCCUACUGACGAGGCCGCCACGAAAGCGCUUGCGGACGUAGGUAUCAAGGUGUUCGAGUACAUUCCGGAUUGCUGUUUGCGAUCAGGCGAUGAGUUUUAUCAUCCUUGGAAGUAUACGCCGGCUGAGAUUGGGGCUCUGGAGGAUUGCAGACACACUGAGUAUGCGACUGAGUGGGAUCGUGCUGCGCUGCAAUGUGACAGCGACGACGACGACUGA